AUGGAUGAGGUCUGGCGGCGUCUCAUGGAAGGGCGCACCCCCCCCCGAAGAGAUCUCGUGCCGGGUGACCGCGAGGGGGCCAGGUUGUACGAGGAGUUUAAGGACUGCCUGGACCAGCACAAGCACCACGUCUUUUACGCCAUCGGCGCCGUCACCAUACCGUGGUCGUACAUGACAAAAGUACGUUUGGGGCCCUUCGUAAUCGGCUCCAUUGUGGGGUUCCUACCAGACCUGCUGUACGCCAACUGGCGAUGUGACGACAAAUUCCGAACCUUCCAGCAGCAUUGCGACCAAGUUCAGCGAAUUCUGGAACAACGGCGGCAACAGCUACAGCAGCAGCAGCAGCGGCAGCAGGAGUAA